CGCUGCCUCGCCGCGGCGGCCGAGGGGCGGGACGCCGAGGCAGCCAGCGCCGCUGUCAGCGCCCGAGGGGCUGGGGGCCCUGCCGGCCGCGGGCAGCGGAGCGGGGCCGCCCGCCGCCGAGAGCCGCACCGGGGCGGGCGCCGAGCCGCAGCAGCAGCAGCAGCAGCAGCAGCAGCAGCAGCAGCAGCAGCAGCAGCAGCAGCACCGCGCCCGCGGCGCCGGAUCCCCGUCGCGGCAAAACCCAGUUCUGCACUGUCUGAGGAUGGAUAAAGACUUCCGCUACUACUUCCAGCAUCCGUGGUCUCGCUUAGUUGUGGCUUACUUAGUGAUCUUCUUUAACUUCUUAAUAUUUGCUGAGGACCCAGUAUCUCACAGCCAGACAGAAGCCAAUGUUAUUGUUGUUGGUAAUUGUUUCUCCUUUGUAACAAAUAAAUACCCUGAAGGAGGAGGCUGGAGAUUUUUGAAGGUGUUUCUGUGGCUCCUUGCCAUUCUCACAGGACUGAUAGCUGGGAAAUUUCUCUUCCAUCAGCGCUUGUUUGGUCAGUUGCUCCGUCUGAAAAUGUUUCGAGAGGACCAUGGGUCUUGGAUGACGAUGUUCUUCAGUACCAUCCUCUUCCUUUUCAUAUUUUCUCACAUUUAUAACCUGUUCCUCAUUAUGGCAGGGAAUAUGAGUGCAUACAUUAUAACAGACUUCAUGGGCAUCAGGAAUGAAAAUUUUAUGAAGGUAGCUGCAGUUGGGACUUGGAUGGGAGAUUUUGUCACAGCGUGGAUGGUCACAGAUAUGAUGCUUCAGGAUAAACCUUACCCAGACUGGGGAAAGUCUGCCAGAGCUUUCUGGAAGAAAGGAAACAUUAGGAUCAUUUUAUUCUGGACGGUUCUGUUUACUCUGACCUCUGUAGUUGUGCUUGUCAUCACUACUGACUGGAUCAGCUGGGACAAGCUGAAUCGUGGAUUUCUGCCAAGUGAUGAGGUCUCAAGAGCCUUCUUGGCUUCUUUCAUCUUGGUGUUUGACCUUCUUAUUGUCAUGCAGGUCCUUGUAGUGUAAUGACUUCUGCCUGAAAGCUUAACUGGGGAGAUGAUUUAUUUUAAUCUGCCUGAUGUCUGCUCCUUUGAAUCUACCUGCUAAGAAAGGAGUCUAGGUCACAAGUAUGUGGCCAAAAACCUUCUUCAUGUGAAGCUGUGCUCUCCCCUUUGCAUUUGUAUGUAGUUUGAGCCUUGUGUGAAUAAUUCACCCAAACCUCUGUGAAAAAUUAUGUCAUUUGGGCUGAGGUAAGGAAGAGGAGUAUGGAAGGCCCAUGGCUGCUCAUAGUCCUAGACAUAUUAGACUGUUGAACUGAAGGUCAGCAAAGAAUAUGAGAAGAACCAAUGGGUCCAUCCUCUCCAGUAUAUUAUUAAUUCUGCCAGCAGAGAGUGUUUCUGAGACACUCAGUUCUCUUUAAAAAGCUGUCUAUUACUUGAGUAAUUACCAUAGAGGUGACACUGGUGGCACUCAGAUAUUAUCACUGCUGUACUAGGACUUCAAAGGUGCAUAGAAUCCUAUAGUUCAGUUUUGGUUUCCACUAUCCACCACUGUUCAGUGCUCACUGUGGUUCAUGGUUAGAACUGGGAGGAUAAGAAAGGAAAUACUGUUUUUCUCAUAAUACUGCUUUUCUCAUAAGAUUUCUGGUGCUUUGUUUUCUCUACCUUUGAAAUUUGCAUUUUGUUUGAUGUUUCAAAAAGAUUCGAGAGAACGUAUAAUAAAUGAUUGUACUUUACAGAGCUGUAAUGAAAGUAUGAAUGAAAAUGCAGGAUGUAUCAAGCUAUACUGAAUUUGGUAUUGCAUGCAGGGUAGAAAAACAGAGCUGUCUUCAUAUAAAAUAACUAUUAAACCAGCCUUUUGGCUUUGAGAAAAGAAAUUCCAGUAUUUUGCUCUUGGAGUUGCUGAAUAUAGAGAAAAACCUUAUGUGAAACAGCUUGUCCCAAGCACUCUUUCAUAUUUUUAUAGCACAAAACAAGAGGCUCUUUAAAAUUGCAUUUCUAAGUGAUAUUUGUGUGAUGGAGUUUUUUAUUUACUUGUAGUUGUUUAUUUGGACUGUGAAAAUAUGUUGGCAUAUUUUAUUUACGAUGUAGUUCUAGCAUUGCUUCUGCAAUAAUCUCAUGAGAGAGCAAAGUAUUAAAUCACAUGGAAUCACAGAAUGGGCCAGGUUGGAAGAGACCAGAGUGGGACAUCUGGGCCAACCUCCCUGCUCAAGCAGAGUCAUCCCAGAGCAUACUGCACAGGGUUGUGUCCAGACAGUUCUUGAAUAUCUCCAGUGAGGGAGACUCCAAAACCUCUCUGGGCAGUCUGUUCCAGUGAAGGUGCACAGUAAUGAAGUUCUUCCUCAUUUUCAGGUGGAACUUCCUGUGUAUCAGUUUCUGCCCAUUGCCUCUUGUCUUAUUGCUUGGCACCAUCGAAAACAGCUGGGCUCCAUCCUUUUAACACCUUCCCUUCAGAUACUGACAGAGAUUGAUAAGGUCAUGUCUCAGAUGUGAACUCAGCAAUAAGGGCAGGUGACCAGUGACGAGUUUUUCAGAUGAGUCAGGGUAGAUGGAAAUUCACCUUUAAUAAAACUGAUGAUGGAUCCAUAUAUCCAUAUAUCCUGGGCUACUUUUAUAAGAAUUAUGUGGAGUGUUUCAUUCCAUUCAGAGUAUAUUGCUCUUUCUAGCAGUUUUUAGACACGCCUGUCAAAUAGCAUUACAGAAAUGGAUAACCAUUUUGAAGACACAUUUAUACUCAGCUAAUUGUGCAAUGUUUGCUGAAGAAUCCUACUGUGGGGGCUGGCUCUGUUGUAGUGUAUCUCCUGCGGCCUGAAGAUCUCUGAAGGAGAAGAGACAGGUUCAAGUGGGGUGACUCUGGGAGAAACCUUUCUGUAGCAAGUAAUAGAUUUUCCUUCCUGCAGUCUCUCAACAGUAAAGCCUUUCCCUACUUCUUUGUCCUUUCUACAUCCUCAUCUAUCUAUGGAUUGUGGAAGUGUUCCUUAUCAGUACUGAUGUAAAACAUUUGAAAAUAAUCCUGAAAAGUGAAUUAAAGAACUAGAAAGGAACCAUCUUGACCUACAGCUUCACUUUAUUUGUACUUAGUAUGAAAUCCAAGUGACAUACCUGAGUAUAUUCCUAAAUACCAUUUAACCAAGAAAAGUAUAAUGUUUCUCAUGCCAUUAUUGGGGCCAUGGCAUUUCUUAGUAGUGGGUCAGAUGUGAAUCUCUUUCCUAUCCUAGAUUUCUUUUCUUGAUUCUGCCUCUACAGCUGCUACUUAUGGAUUUAUAGAUUUUUGGCUGCAUUGAAUUCCUCAGUCCCAAAGUGCUGUUUUUUUUCCCUGAGAGUCACUGCUUUGAAUGAUAUCAAGUCUCUCUCCUUUCAAUUUUGAACACAGAACAGUAGCUCUCCUGAGCUCCACUUUCAUCCAUCAGGCAUCUGUUUUCUCUUAAUGUUCCUGUAUCAUGUCUCUGUGACUGGUAACAAGGGAAUGAGUUACUGUGUUCUGAGAUAAGUUAGUGCAGUCCCAGAAAUGGCCAGCUCAGGAACAAGCACAUAGAAAUGGAGUGUCCUACAGAAUGAAAUGUCGCUGCCUGUCUCCUGGCAGGGAAGUAAGGCUCUGAGUAACCAGGGCAUGGAGCCUCCACACCUCCUUCACUUUGUUGUUUUCUGAGGAUAAGGCAAACAGAAUGGAAAUGUAUUAUUAUAGCACUUCAGAGAAUGAAAUAAUGCUUUGGCAAUCCAAUGGUUUUAUUUUAAAGGAAAACACUUUGGAGUUUAAUGAAAGUGUAGGUAGUGCUUAUGUAAAAGGGUGAUGAGGGGUAAUUAAAACCCAGACGUUUCUGUUGAAAUAUUUUCAGGAUCCAGUAGGAUAUAUAAAUUCCUUCUAAAAAUCCUUGAAACAUUCUUUUGUCCCCUUGCCAGACCCCACUAUAAAUUACAAGUUUAUUUCUUCAAGUCUUUCAGUUAUUUGGGGACUAAGAAAAGUAUGAGCAAAAUCAUUUUCUGCUGAGAAAAGGUGGGUGUAUUUUGUCCCUUAAUGCACAUUGCCAUUACCCUUACCAUUUUAACGAGCUGUCUGGUUUUUCUUGCAGUGUUACCAUUCUGUGCUUGUCUAGUUUGAUAACUGGCACCAUCAUUUUAUGCUGUGGAUUUUAUUAAACAAGACAUGUGAAGCACAGUAUUUUAAAGUACAUUUCAUCUUUUAUACUGAUUGCAGAUGGUUAAAUCUUGCUCGGAUGCAUUAUAUUUAUCUCAGGCAUUACAAAUCCAACUCCAGUGAUUUCUAGCUUCUGUAACUUGGUGUAUUUGUGAUGACCUGAAUCUUCUUGUGCCAAUUUAUACUGGCUGAGGGCUGAGCCCUUUUUUUAGCGCUGUCACUUAGUUCCUCAUUUGCAGAAGAGGAACAACUGUAGUUCUUUCCUUUCACUAUUUGUGUGAUUGUCUGCUUAAGCCCCCAAGGUGCUCAGUGAAGGAGGCUGACUUGGUAUAGCUUCUAGUGUAAUCAGGCACCAGUCCCAGCUGGAGCCUCAUGGCUCUGAGAUGACUACACCCAAAAUGAAUUAGCUGAAAGAGCUUCUCAUUUGUCACAGUCAUUCCCUUUUACCCUGACAAUGGGUACAUGCCAUACAUGUGACACUGAAGCCCUUCUUUGGCAGUGCAGGUGUUUGCCUGAAAUAACAAAGCAGUUGCCUAAAAGUAGACCCAGCAUUUUUAUAUACUGCCCCUGGAAACCAAAAUAUCCAGGCCCAAUUCACAGAAAAACAUGCACUUAUAGGAACAAGAAAAUCUGGGAAUUUUUUGCUAGUCAUUCAUGGGGCUAUUUUAAUCUUUAACAGCAAGGAGAGCCUUUUCAUAGAUUCUGCUGUAAUCAGUAUGUGAUAGACUUUGUUAUUGCUGGGUGUAUGUGCAAGAAAUGUUGCAUUGUUUAAGAGUAUAUUGGAGUGAUUUAUGUUGAUGUAACAGUAAUGGUGACAUUCAGAUAAUUUCAACUCUCCAAGCAAUGCUCUGGAAUGUAUUAUUUGACUGUAGAGAUCUGCUUUGUUAUGAGUGUUACACAGGUUUUUAUGUGAAAAUAAAAAUUCUGAGAUGAGAUUGAACAGGUUCAGCUGCUUUCUAAGUGACAGGAUUGCUUGCAAUUUUUUAAAUGCAAGCAGUGAAUUAAAAAGAGAAAGAUAAACCUCUGUUUGCCACCAUAAGACAGAGCACUCCCUUGGCAACACAUUUUAUGCCCAUCCAUAUCUUACCUUUAGCUAAUGGCAUAUUGAACAUACAAGACUUACAGACAGGUUGUACAGAGCAUACAGAUCCGCCUAUCAAUAAUACUGAGUUCAAGUAAGAAGAGGGAGCAAGCAUUGCUUUGUUGCUCUUAAUCAAACCACAGAGGGGAAAAGAAACAAGAAUAUGCUUGAUAUUGUUAGUCUAGCUGAGUAAUUUCUAGAAAUCUGAUUGAAUGUCAGAUGUUUAUACUUCCUCAAAAAGUUUGAAGCCUCUCAUAUGAAACAUUCACAAAAAGACAAUUACUUCUAUUGCUUUUGACUUCUUCUAACAUGCUAUAAAGCUGAUGCUUUUAUUUGUAUAACAAACCAGACAUAUUUAGUCACUGAGUCUUGAGAUACCAAAUGCAUUAGAUAUUUUUACAUCUGCUAGAAUCCAAACUUUACUGAGGCCAUCAAUAAAUAAUUUGUUUCCAUAUGUAUAGAGGAGGGGAAGUACUCCCCAGUGCUUUUAGUGAUUUGAAAUUAUAGGUUGUGAUGGUUUCUGAGUUUCAACUACCAUUUAAUUACUCAGCUAUACUGUGUUUGGCAUCAUGUCCCUGUGGGUCAUAGGCGUUGUGUAAGUGUGGGUCAUAGACAUUGUGUAACAUGGCCAGUCAACCAGGUUUCUAGUUUCCAACAGGUCAAAACCUAAAAGUUCCUUCUUCUGGAAUCUGACCAUGUUUGCUUUUCUGUCAUGUAAUGAUUUUUAGGGAAAGGAGAUUCCCCAGAAUAACUCCAGGUCUGACAGAUAGAUUGGGCACUACAUAACACAGUGUAAUUUCUGUGUUUCCCACUGGAGCAGCAAAACAACAAAAUCAACAUGCCUAUAGAGUCUCCCAAACAGUCUCAGUAGUGUCCAGCAGUUGGCUUUGCCUCGGCAGGUCCCCAUAUAAUUAACCUUUUCUUUAUCUCUUCCUAGUACCCAGAUAGUAUUUUGCAAUAUAAUUUUUCAUUAAGAUUCCUUAGAGCCCUGCCUGAGCCAGUGGGUGCUGUAGGCAUAUCAACACGCCAUCCCUCUUAUUGAAAUGGUACAAGCAGGGACAAAGGUGAUGGUGCUCAAACUGGGAAAAAGCUGUAGUUUUCACUUCACCCUCCCCAACAAUUUUUUGAAUGCUGCAGUAGCCAGUAAUGCUGAACUUGCCUUGAUACCUCUAAUGCCAGAAUGACACGGCCUCGGGAAGUGUGUGAUGGUGUCAUGUGCUUUCAUCUCCCACUUCAUUAGCAGAGAGAGCAGCCACAGGCACAGAGGGGACUAUCCAUUAGCAACCAAUGCAUGGUGGUGCUGACAGAGCCUCUGAAAGAAGUCACAGCAGGCAUGGAAUCCAUUCCUCCCUGGAUGAAAAUAGCUGAAUUGAAGAGCCACUUUCAGGACUGGCUCUGGGGAAGGUACUGUGUGUCCUUAAGGCAGCCUGAUGCUGGGAGUGGUUUGAAACACUUAUGGGGGCCAUAAGGGAGAAAGAAGCCCAGGCCCAGCAGUCAUGGUGGCAGCUCCAAGCCUGGCCACCUCCAGCUCAUAGCAGACAUUUGCAAGCAGUUUCCUGUAUCUGCAUUAAGAUCAUGGUGGUAGCAGGAUAGUCGUGCUGUGCAGGGUAGUAUGUCAGCAGGGAGAAAGAUUGGGAAUUGGCUUUAUCCCCUGCAAUGGUCUCCCUCCAUCCAACAGCACUGUACAGUGCACCAGAGGCACAGGGGGAGGCACAGACCAAAGGCAGUUGCUGGUGGUGGUGCCCCACUCCCAGGGAAGUACUCAUGGUUUCAGUGACCCAGCCUUGGCAGGGCUGCUUUGCUUCUGUGGCCAGCUAAAUUUGGCCAUCACUUCAAGAAGCUUUUACUCUGUUCUGGCCAACUCUGUUGUUUCCAUCUCUUUUUCAAGAAUCAUAGAAGCCUCUGGAGUACUGCACUUCUCAGUGAAUUCAUGGCUUGCACCCCUGCCAGCAUUAAUUUAGUGAUACAGUAAGUCAGAAGACUGCAAUAUAGUUGUUCUGACUGGUAAUGGUCAUUUUUUCUGUGAUUUUAUUUCAUCUUUCAGGAGAGACAUUGAAGCUCUUUCAUUCAUAUAAACCCAGUUUUGAUUUCACUCUCCAUCAGUUCUCGCUGAGCUUUGCUGUGAUGUUGUUUCCCGCAUCACAUACCACACAAGGAAUUAAAUGAUGGAAAUUUGUGGCUAGGUAAUCCAUUCUAUUGCCCGUAGAUGAAAAUGAGAAAACUGUUUACAUCUGUUUCUAAUGUAUUUCACCAUGGAUUUAAGGGUAUAAUCCCAUAAUCUUUCUUGGAUGGCUCUUAACUUUUAGUUUCGCUCAGAUGGUUUUUGGACUUGACUAUAUACAAUGUGCAGCAUGCAUUUGGUCUAUAAUGAAAUUUCAUUCCAGUUCAGAACUGUGUGCCCAAAGUGGAGAAACAACUCUCAACAGCAGCGCUGAUCCCAUGUAUAGCACACAAUCUGUUAAGGAGUAGGUGGCAGAAAAGAAGUGAUUAAGUGAUCUGCUUUAUCAGACAGCUAGUUAAGAGGAAACCAAGAAGAUUGUUGUUCCAUGUCAGGAGUGAGAGUGUACAUUUUUAUGGCCUUGAUUUGGCCCAGUUUUUGCAGACUGUGUCUUGGAGAAAGCUGCCCAGACUUCUGAGACUGUGCCGGGUGACAUUUCUGAAGGCAGCUGCUUGGUGGUGCCCCAGCAAUCUGCAACUGCUACCUUCCAGACAAGAACUGCAGCAUGUUUUUUUGGCUCUAAGUUGUGCUUUUAUUCUGACCUUAAGUUGAAAAGCACUAGCUACAUCUUCUGGAUGAAUGUUAAAUACCCUCGGGCAUGUUUUUGGCUUCUGGGCCAGGCAAUUACUGUACUAAUCUAAAUUUCACAAACUUACUGUUCCUCAAGGUCAGGCUGCAAAGAUUUUCAUAUCUGGACAAUGUGUUCUAAAUACAGGGGAUUAGGGAAAGAAAAGCAUCACACAAACAAGCCUAAUAUCAGAAAUGAGCAGAUUGUAAUUUAAGCAAGACGAAUACCGUGACAUAUAAAAAAUGGUGUUAAAAAUGUGACAAUACCACCGAAGCUGCAGAAUCAUGCAUUCAGGAAUUAGGAGAUGUCAGAAUUAAGUCACUGGUACAAAUUUUCACCCCUAUUUUGUCUGUGCAUUGUGAUACCAUCUUUAAUUAUCUAUUCACAUUCCAUUUUUCCACAGGACCUCUCUCACUUGCUGCACUGGAUGAAUGGUGUUCACUUAAUGAGAAGCUAUUUGAUAUUUUGGUUUACCUUUUCUGUGCAGCCUGUGGCCCCAGGCCUUGCUUACUGCACAUGAUUGGAACCUUGCUGUGAAGAUGAAAUCAUUCAUUUCCUUGUGGACUUUUUUUGUGACACUCAUUGCUGUAUUUCCUAAGGGCUUCUCAAGCAUUAAUAUAUUUAUCUUCACAAUAGCCUUCACAACAGGAGUAUUAUUGUCCAUUAUUGUCCACAUUUUAUACUGAGGCACAAAGAAAUUAAAGUCAAAGGGCCCCUAAUUUGAGAUGUCUGAUGACAUUAUUAUGAAAAUUCAUAUUAUUACCCAUCUCUUAUCUGAGCAGUUACCUAAUUGAGGGAGGAGAAUCUAGCAUAUUAUUUCAUUAGUAACAGACAGAGCCACAUAUUUACUUGAUGUAAUCUUAUAUAUUAUUAUACUGGCAGCCCUAUUUCUCUUGUAGCAUUCAAACUAUUUUAAAAGCAGUUUCUUUGCUUGUUUUGAAUUAUGCCUGUAACUGUGUCAAAUAUCUAGCUCCAUAAAAAGCCUGGUUACUUUUUUAUGCUGAUCUUAAAGGAGUACAGUGCUGUCCUAUCUGGAUAGUGCCAUGCACUACAGGACCUUUGUUCUCCCCACAAAUAUUGUGUUAACUCUUCCUCCUCCCAGUGGUGAUAUAUUCAGGUCCAACUCUCAUUAGUUUCAAUACCAGCCAUGGACACUUGUCACUUGUGCAAAUUUAAGCAUAGGUAAGGUAGAGAGGCACUCCCAUAGGGAAAAAAAUAAUAGUUUGGUUCUAGAAAUUCACUUGGUGUCUCUUAGAUGUCUCAUAGCAGAGUAGGUUGAGAGAUGUGUCAUAGCAGAGCUGGUCAAAUUCAGUUUCUCCUAGCAGCAAUGACUUCUGUAACAGGAGGCAAAUGUUUUCACAUCUGCUGCUACUCCCUCUUCCCACACACUUUCCAGCUUGUGCAGCAGAUGCAGAGUGCAGGAGAACUACAGGGGUCUCUGUCACUACAUAUUUCCACCUCACAAUCACAAGUUAGAUACUCCUUAAUGAAAAACAUUGUUUCUUUUGGAAAAAACUCUGUGUGAUGCAGUAAUUAAGAAAGGCUUGUACCAUGCCUACCCACGAGGUACAGAUAACCUUAGUCUGGCAUUUAAUUCUUGAGUCUUCACCAUUGAAAUUUUCAGGCAGAUGCCUUAAUGCAGGACUUUCUGUGUUCACAAAUCUGAUUUUUUUACAAAAAGAUAGCAAUCUCAAAAUCAAAAGCCUGCCAUAUGAAUGCAAUGUGUCUUAUCAGGUACCGGAACUCUUACCUCCCCUGCAGGGAUGUUUGCCAUAUGAGCAACUGCUAAUAGCAGUGUCUGCUCUUUCUUCCAAUGAGAUAGUUCAUAAAAAAGAAGAGAAAUAUACUUUGCCUCUGGACUUCACAUCUACUUGUUAGCAGCAGAGGAUGGUGAUAAUAAGAGGCAUGACAACCAGUCUAAACUCCAGAGCCAAUGAGGUACUGACACUUUCUGAUCAUAUGCCCAAGUGUGGCUUUUUCCUUCCUGUCACUUCCAAAUCCUCUCUCUGUGUCUCCUUUUUUGCCCCCAUCCUGGGUUCUCCUCAUGCCCAGUUCUGUGACAUAUACCAUUAUUUAUAUCCAUUUCCAGCUUUAAGUCUUUAUGUCUCUCAUUUCUAGGGUCCAUAUUUAGUGAAUCCAACUCAUCUACCCUGCAACUGCUGUUCAAACCAGAAUCACUCCUUGUCUCCCUUCCCCCUCUCCAUAAUUCAGUCCCUUUUUCCUUAACCAGCCAGUCCCAACCUCCUGCUCUCAUCCCUACCCUCUUGCUCUUAUUCAAGUCUCUCCUCUCUUCCCCCUCCUUUUGUGUAGUCCAUUCCAAUUUUCCUAUCAAACCUUUCUGUCUCUAUGGCCAUUUCCUUUCACAGCACGGCCCAGGCUGUGUGGCUGCACAUGGACAUGUCAUGCCCUCUGCUCAGCCUCUUAGAGAGGACUGGUGGGGAGGGAGGAGGACAGGGUUUAGCAUAGAAUAAUUUAGGUAGAAUAACACCCUUAAGAUCAAGUUAUUAAUGCAACACAGCCAAGUCCACCACUAAACCUUGUCCCUAAACAUCACAUCUAAGUGUCCUUUACAUACCUCCAGGGAUGGGGACUUAAUCACUUCCCUGGGUAGCCUGUUCCAAUGCAUAUAAUACAAAGUUUCUCUAUUAUAUUCAAUUAUAAACUUUGAGUCUAUAUACUGCUACAUUGUGCUAUGUGCAAAAUAAAAAGAAGAAGACCAAAUAAUUUAAUUUAAUUUUAAAAAAUAGUCCCUGCUAGGUUCAGUCUCAGACUCAGAGCCAAAUGCCCUUUUGCCUCCAUCUUCCUUCAGGUCCAAAUGUCUAGCUCAAGCUGUACUUGACUAGUUCCAUCUGCACACAGAGUACUUGGGAUUAGUAAUUAGAGGAAAGCUGUCUUUCUGUCUCUUGGCUGCUGUGCAGGGCCAGCUCAGUCCUUGUUUGAGAGCAGCUCAGAGUCCUGCCAGCAGCAGCAGCAGCAAAAAAUGGGGGUGAAGGCAAAGGGGAGACAGAGGAUGCUCUGUCUCUUCUGAGAUUUGAAGUUUCACUAGAGCUUGAUGCUCUAGGAGCUAAGGGACUCUGGCAUGCUGAGUGAUGCACAGUUUGGGAAGGUGCUUGUUUCUGAACCUUGAGCUAGAUUCUUGUAAGUAUGAAAAUUACUGACUUUUCAAACUUUUUCAGUUUGAGGCAGGUAUUUAUAGCAAAGCAAGAGGCACAUCUCUGAAAUAAAGUUACUCCCUAGCUGAACUGUGUAUCUCCACUUGAGAUAACUCUACAGACCAAUGUAAAUUAUUUUCCAUUUGAUCUCACUCUCAGAAGUGAUUAAAAGGUGAUAGUUGAAAAUGUCAAAACCCUAAACCAGAAACAUAGAACCAAAAAGGGGAAAAAAAAAAAAAUACAGCCUGAGGCACACACCAGGCAUGAGCUGUGUUCAGCCCAAGCAGUUAUAUUUGGAAAAGUUAUAAGCAAAUGAGAUCAGUAUGUGCACAAGCCUAUUUGCAUGACAAGCAGCAGCGCUGUGAUUUCUGCCUGUUCUAUAUGGCACCUGCCACGGUGGUAGCUGGAUGCCCUUGUGUAUGAAUUCCUCUAGUGCUAUUUUUUAUGUCAAAACCACUCUCUUUUCAUACUGCAAGGAACUUCCUACAUUUCAUUCAGUUGCUUUUAUAAAACUACACUAAGAACUGAGUUUUCUCACUCUGUUGCACUGUGGGAGGGGUCUGGAAGGAAGAAAGCCUCUGCUCCCUUGACCUGCUGAAUUUCAGAUCAACAGAGGUGAGACUUUUCCCAGCUCUACACAACUGUGCUCUGGCAUCCUGGCUCCAUUUUUGGCCUUCACUGAGAUGGUGGCUCCAACCUGACACAACUGUGUUGACUUGCAGACAAAAUGCCUUGUUCAUAUGGUGAUGCUCAGAGUCUGAGUAGAGUUAUUAUGUAGCCACUUCCAUGCAACUUUUCUCAACCUAAUUUUUGUAUUCAUUUUUCUAGCAAUAAAAAUCUCCCUUCCCCUUUACAUAGUGCUUGUACGUAUAAACAACUUUGAACUGUCAAAAAAAAAAAAAUUGAAAAUGAAGUUUUUAUUUCCCAUACAGUUCUGGUAAAUAAAUUUCCACAGUGUGUCCUAAUGCAAAUAUACACAGUUGUGAGGCUUCUUCUGCAAUGACCACUUCAGAGAGUACUGCUCACUGGGACAGUGAGAGGCAAACAGUAUUAUCCAACAAAGACAUUUUAUCUACCAUAUCAAUUAAUGGUAUUCUUUGUUUAUACGACACAGAUUGCUACUGGAAAUUCGGAAAAGUGGUGAGAAUCUUAAAAAACUGUAGCUAAACUUCAAGUUCCAUUGGGGAUAGAAUAGUUGUGUCUGUAUAGCCACACAGAGAUCGACACAGGCUGGAUGGGCCUUCAGGUUGUAUAAGAAAAUUCAAUUAAAUUAUUAGUGUGUUUUGUGGCUAAAUCAUAGAUUUCUGUAACAUUAAAAUUAGAAUGAGAACAUGUUUUCCUUAGUGAUUUAGUUCCAAAAAGGUAACACAUGCUGGUAGAAAUCAUUGUGCAGAAUCAUACUCAUAAAAAGAUAAAUGUAGACAUCAGUUAUAUGAUUGGUAAUUGCCCUUAUAUAAUGGAAAUUAGUGAACACUUUCAGUGCUUUUUCAGGGAGGUAGAAUGUUGUCAUUAGUGCCAAUUAAGUAGCAAGCCUCUAAUAACUCUCUUUCCUGUCAAAGAAUCUGUUUCAUGGGGCUUCACUCUCUUUAUUAGCAAAAGGAUUUCCAUAUACGUAGUAUGAGUUCAUAGGAAACAAUUAUUUAGAAUUGGGCAUGAGACAAUGUAGACUUGAAUAAUAUGUUUAUCAGAAGGAAAUAGUACUGCUUGCUUCUUAAAUGGCUGCUACAAGAGUUAAAUGAGAGAUAUUUUCCUUGAAUUUUGACUCAGCUUUUAAAGCAAAAAGUUUGUCAGCUGACUGCAGGAAAACUCAGAAGAGAACUGGGAAUGAGAGGCAAAAAAUUUAUUAAUAUUUUAGGAAGGAGUAUUUACUUACUAAUACAAUUUCUUAUUCUGAAUUUCUAACAAAAGGCUUAGUCAUUCUAAGUGACUGUUAUGGAGUAGUCAAGUCUUUGAUCAGCCUUUAUAUUGGUCACAGAUACAAGACAGGGAAUUGUAAAAAUUUAACAAUUUUAGUCCUUGCGCAUUAUGUAUCCUCAUGUGCUAUGUUCCUAUAGGAGCUUGUAAUCUUCUGUGGCUCACUUGAUCUAAAACUUUUAAAAAAUUAUUUUCUGGUCAGUGGUUUUUGGAGCCUAGAUCAGGGAAGUCUGUCAUUUGUGAAUGAGAUUUGAAGUACAAAGACUAUAAGCUCAAGCUUUAAUCUCUUUUCAGCAUCUGCAAGGUCUAGUAGGGUCUUCACUAUAGUACAUGAGAAAUGUUUUUUUACUAGCAACUCAGCUUUUGAAUUUUUGCUUGCAGAAUCCAGUGUAAUUGCAUUUUGGGCAGAUCAGACCGUUUAGCUGACCUCUGCUGUCAGGCAUGCUGAUGCAAGCCAAUAGCCCAGUAGUCUUUAAUUUCUAAAUUAAUUCGAAAA